AUGAAAAGAACCAACCAGCACCAACAGCCAGCCAAACGCCACAAAGGCACGGCCCAGGAUUCUCCCGCCGCUUCAGAACCACACGGAGGUCUCAAUGUCGCCAUCCACCCGCUUUUGCGGGGCAUCGCUGCCCCUACGCUUCCCAAAAACCACAACCCCCUCAAGCAGAACGUCCGCAAGGGCUUUGACCCUUUGGCAAUUAACCCGUACCUCACCCAGUCGGGUCCCAAGAGCCUGCGGAGUCGCCAGCUUCAGUUUAAUGCCCACGGAAAGUACAUAACGGAGGCAGAAGAGUUGCGAAGAAAGUUGGACCAGGAAGCACAGGCCAAAAAAGACCACGAAGAGAAGCUCAAACAGGGCUUGGCUCCCGACGAGACAGUUGGAGAACAUCUCUGGCGCCACGAAGUGCCGCCUCGUAUCGAAUGGUGGGAUAAACCCUACUUGAUGGACAGGGACUACAUCCACAUUGAUGACGAGACCCGCCUAGUGUUGGAUAGCGAGGAUGCACCAGUGUCUCUCUAUAUCCAGCACCCUGUGCUCGCUGAUGCCACCUAUUCACAGCACAAAAUGCCCGAAAAAGCCCUCUAUUUGACCAAAAAGGAGAUGAAACGAAUCCGUAAGAACGACAGACAAGAGAAACUUAAGGACAAGCAGGACAGAAUCAAAUUGGGGUUGGACGCGCCUCCGCCACCCAAGGUCAAGCUUUCCAACCUCAUGAAUGUGCUCACCAACGAGGCCAUCAAGGACCCCACCGCUGUGGAAAAGAGAGUACGACAGGAAGUCGAGGACCGGUUGCAAAAACACCUCCAAACUAACGAAGAGCGUAAGCUCACCAAAGAUGAAAAGCACCAGAAAAUACACGAGCAACACCAAAAGGACUUGCAAAAAGGAUUUUUCACCACCGUGUUUAAGAUCGACAAGCUCGUCAACCCAUCGCAUUUCUUCAAGGUGGACAUCAACGCCAAACAGUUGGAGCUCUUGGGUAUCUGCUUGCUCAAUCCCAAAUUCAAUCUUGUAAUUGUGGAAGGAGGACUGAAGAGUAUUAAAUUCUACAAAAAGUUGCUCACCAGGCGGAUUGACUGGACGGUCAAUGCUCCACCCAAAGAUGACCCCGAUGCUGAAUUGGAAGAUCUCAGUACGAAUAGGUGUGAAAUCGUAUGGGAGGGCCAGGUAAAAGACUUGAAGUUCAAGAAGUGGAGUAUAAUGAGAUCACAGAACGAGGAGGAGGCAGCAGACGUUUUGGGACGAUUUGGCAUCGAAAACUACUGGAGAGAGGCUAAUGCACUUGGCAAGGAAUAG